AUGAACAAAACGGACGAAGAGGAAAAUAACCCCAGAGGGAAAAGGGGAGAAGAGGAAUAUGAAAAUAAAGAAGAAAAGGGCAGUGCCAUCAUAUAUGAUGACCAACCUAAGGAGAACUUUAGCAUACCCCCAUGUGAUAAUCACAAACGCGAAGGCGGAAGUGAAUCUACGCAGAAGGACCUACAGUUAGAGGCAUCCCUGGGCGAACCCCUUCACGUGGUCAACAUGAAGUGCGACGAUGUGCACUCGAUUGUAAAGUAUUUGUUGUCCGUGGAGAGGGAGGAAUUUAAGGACAAGUGCCCCGCCCAGGGUGGCAAAUGCGAGGGCAAUUACGAUGACAAAUGCGAGGACGCCCGUGAACAUGCCGAAGAGGAUGGUGGAAGGGCUGAUGCCCCCGCGGGUACUGAAUAUGUCACCGACCCCCCCAACGUGUCGCCUCAAAAGAGCCAAACGGACCACCUGGACAAGUACCACAUAAAGUACAGGUCCAUUUUGAACUCAAUGGUAGAUUACAUUUGCUCGCAUCCGAGUGUUAAUUUUUUGGAGUUGAAUAAUAACAGGACGACUAGGGGUAGUGUAUUGGGUAGGAGAAGACCGAUAAAAAGCUACAACCACUGCACACGUGGUGGCCCCUCCCACCCAGAUGACUCCACCCCUAAACGCAUAAAAAGGAUAAAACACACCACCACCACCACAAGUGAUGAGGCAUCCUCAAAAGGGUGUGAGUUAAGUUGGAAGGAAUGUAGCCUUAAUGACUGCACAUGUGUCAGUGGGCUGGAUCCCCCGAAGAGGAGAGAUGAUGUGUCCUGCUCAAACGACCCCAAAGGGGAGAAGUCAACAGGGAGAGGAAUGGGUGUACCAUACCACUUAGCAGAGGUGCCUUAUGGGGAGCCUCAAAAUGUGCAGAAGGGUUGGCCAAAUGGAACGCUUCCUCCAAGUGACAUUAGCGGAAGGCAAUUCGAAAGAGAAAUCGUCCCCAGUGAAACGACCUCCGAUUAUGUGAACGAUUGGUGGAGGACAAAAUGUGAGUGGGGGUACAACUCCAAUUCGAAUGACCCCGCGAACGUCACAUAUGAAAGAGAGAAAACAAAACCGAGGGAGACACACAAGACUCAAAUGGACAACACACAUAAAGUGGACACUAUAAAGGCAAGGAUAAAAACACUUCAUAAAGAAAUAUUUUGCAGCCUUAAUAAGCUAAGGGGGGGUAAGCACCGUGGGUGUAUGGUCGGGGGAGACAACACUAAAGAAGAAAACAGAAGGGCAGGAGAAGAUAUUUCUACGCUGACAAAUAAACCGGAUAGGAAUUGCAUUUGUAAUCAUUUCAACUUGGUGGGUCACCUCCCCCUGUACAAAAAUACCCCCAGUGAUUCGAAAGGGGGAGAAGUCUAUGUACAUGCUCCAUGCGAAAGGAAGAAAAGCGUGAUAAGAAGCUUGAACAGAAUUAUGCGCACCCUUUUACCUGAAGGAAGAAAAACGAUCCUCUCAUGUGUGAGUACAGAUGAGGAUAUGUAUGUUUGGAGCCACGUCCGUUUUGCUGACUUCAAUUAUUCUCAUGGAGAGGUCAUGCAGGUGGGUCCCUCCUGUCUGGAACCUCUCCCAAGUGGAAAAACCUCCAACUAUUACUCCUCCCUUUUGUACACUGGGAAAAAAAAGAGCAGGUGCAAAAUGGGCAAGGUGCACGACGACAUGGGCAACAACGACACGGUCAACGACGCGGCUAACGACGCGGUGGACACGAUUGAGCAAAAGGAGAAAAUACAAUUUUACUUCCACAUCAGGGAGUUCACGAGGCAGCAGUACAAAAUAAAUAUGCUUGGCGAGUAUCUCAAGGUGAAGCAGCUUACUGAGUGGAGUCGGUAUUUGGGAGGAGAUUCCUGCGGAGGGGAGCGGGGCAACUACAGCAGCGCCCACUUCAUUCGUAGGGAGGUACACAUAAAGCGCUUCGAACUUCUGCACCGAUUUUAUGUACAAUUUUUACGGAGGUUCUACUUGGAGGGGGACACUUCCACGGAGGAAGCAACCUUGGUCCGGUUGAAGUGGCACAUGUGCGGUGUGGACAAAUGCUCCAGCGACAACGCUGAUCAGGUCAAUCCGGACACAAGUCGAGAGGUCGGGCUUCAGCCCAGCGCCAGUGCCAGAACCAGUAUCACCGCGAACACCCCGAUGAGUACGAAGGACAUUUCGGAAGCGCGCGAGAUGAGGCUCAUUUACAGGUGCGCAAAAAGGAUAAGACAUUUUUUACGAAGGGUCAGAAUGGAUGAGCUGGAAAAGCUUCCCCUUAGGAACAUGAGAAAAAUUGUGACAUCCCUGUGUUCAAUGUGCGAUGUUAGGUACGGGUCGUUCCUCUCGCAUGAGCUGUUCAGGUUUGUUUUUAAAUCGGCGGGGCGCAGGAAGCGUGUGGAGAAGGAAAGGCAGUUGGAUCGAACGGAGAGGGAGGAGCUCCCCCAUCAAGCGAACCAUCCACGCCCCAUCGCGCAAAGGAGACCAGUAAAAAUAAUCCUCAAGAGGAACAUAAAAUCAGGAAGAGAUCCCCAACUGGAAAAGCACUUCAAACUGGAUGACGGCCCAGAGAGGAAUGGCAGAAAUGGGGAGGGGAUGGUUAAACAUAGGGUAGAGGAGGAGGCUAGGGAGGACUCCCCAAAUGGACCAGUCGUGGACCAUCCUACCGCGUCUACCACAGCACCUCCAAGUGAGGAUCCUUCUCAUCCUAACGUCCUCAUCGAAGAGGUGAAAAAAAAAAACAUGAUAAAAAAAAAAACAGUCCAAGUGGAAACAAAAAAAAAGACAAGGGACAAAUGCGGAAGGGAUGUAAAGGGAUCCGACAAGGGGAAGAAGAAAAGAACCCGCACAGAAAAAACACAAAACGAUGAACAUGUCGUGAAGAAAAGGAAGAGGGUAAAAUCUCCCCCCGGUAAAUACUUACCAGAAACUGAUAUUAAAAAUGAGAAAGGCGAUAAACAAAGAAAAGGAAUAAAGACCAGCACCUACCGUAGUAAAUAUUCCCGGGGCACCGCUUCUCCCCCCAGUGAGGAGAAAACAAAGCGCAGCAGGCUGGGUUGCAAAAUAGGUAGAAAGGAAGCCAGUGAAAGGUGCAUUUAUUAUGUUCAUUUGAAGGGGCAGCUGGGGGUCUAUUUGAGUCCCCAAAUGGAGGUGAUGUAUGAGAGGCGCAAUUUAUUUUUUAAAGGGGAUGAAGGGAAGAGGCAACCCUUGGACAUGCACUUUGACCAGGUUUUUUCUCGCGUCUUUUUCAGCAAAAUUUUGCCGACAUGUGUAGAGGAUGUCUGCGUUAGGAAGGUCUCCACUGGGUCCCCCCAAAGAGGGGGCGACAAAGAUCGAAGGGGGGGAAGCGGCAGUAUGCACAGCCGUGGCAGUGGUGACCGUGGAAGCGAUCACGGAAGACGUUUCUCCGCAGAGACCAGCACCGAGAAGAGAAAAAACUUCAGGGAACGCACCACCAGUAAGGUCCACAAGCUGAAGAGGGACCAAGUUGUCACUCUCUUUAAAAUUUUGUAUCAGCAUUUUUAUAAAUGCUUUUCCAAGCUGAACGUGUGUUCCUUGCUGGGGACGUAUUGCAGUGACCGUUCUGUGAGUGAUGGAGAGGGGAGUGGAAGUGGUGAAACCAUCUCACAACAGGGGGAUCCCCCUCGCGAAGUGGGCGAAGUGGGUGAAGUGGACAAAGCGGACGAAGCGCAGAACGCAUAUUAUUACCACACCUUUUUGAGCAGCUUCCCCCCCCUAAGGGAUAAAAAAACUGUGGCAUGCGCGCCCCAAGACUUCUUCAAAUCUCUUAACAAAAAAUUCAUCCGAACAGUCAUUUAUCAUGUGAAUAAAACGCUGGGCGAUUUUUCAUUUAUUCAAAAAUUGUUCGACGAAAAUGAACUUAUGGAACGAGUGUGUACAGGCAAAAUUGUGAAAACGUGUUGGGAUUGCAGUGAUGAUGAGGCGACCUUUCGUGAGGAAGACAGAUAUUAUAACGUCAUUAAGGACCACUUUGUGAAAGUCAUUGUCCCCUUUUGUGAGGAAAACAGCUGUUAG